GUGCAGAUGUCCCGAUGGUUUUCCUGGGUGGUGAACUUUCGCCAGUUCGGGAAAGCGUGGACAUUUCUCAAGCUCGUCCACCAGUUUCGGACGCCGGAGUUGGUGACCGCAGCACCGGGUGAGGAGUCGGAGCCGGAAGGUGAGCUGGCCGCUGCAAUUUCUGGGGCAGGUCGCGCUGACACGAAGAAGCAAGACUCCUUGCAGGCCUUGCUCCAACGAAUGCGGAGCACCAGACCUGCGAUGACCGUUGCGAAGGAGGUGUUGGAGGAGGAAGGCUUGAAACACAAGUCCUGGAUGCUCGCUGCAGCCCAGCUCCAUCUCCUGGAAGAUCAUCUGGCGAUGCUGGAUGCAUGCCGCACAAUCGAAGGAUCCCGUCAGCUACUGAUUAACUGGAGCUAUCGCUCUUGGGUUCUGGUUGUUGGUGACAUCCUUGCAGACUUGAGCAAUCCGAUGGUUCUGGACAGAGCCGGUCUUCUGCGACCGGAUGACCGACAGGAAGCCGGCAAGAACAUGCAGGACGAUGCCGCCACCUUUCUGAAGCUGACGGUGCGUGCCGCAUCGCAACGUACCUGGUCGAUGCUUGUGUACUCGGAUCUCCCGCCCAACUGCUGGCACCGCCUUUUGUCCUCCGAUGCAGAAUCGGCUAAGGGCGCUCUGCAGGAAAUGCGUAUGGACCAAGAGAUCGUGGACGAUGCCUUAGAGAUUGUUCGCAGCUCCGAUGGGCAUCCUGGCAAAGAG